UAAAAUCGAGAAAUUUUCAAUAAAAAGCAUAACGACCUCCUUCAAGACAAGUAACAACAUCUUAUAAAACUUAUAAAUAGCCCCAUUAAUUUCAAUAAAAACAAAAUUGUUCCAAAAACAAUGUCAUUAUCUUGCCUGUAAUUAAAAAUCGGUGAUAUGUUGGAAACUUGUUUGCUUUGAACAGUUCUAAAUUAGUUCAAAAUAUCGGUUGAUCUGGAAGAACCAGAAGCACAGUAGAUUUAUAUAGGCAGAAUAUAUUAAAAGAUGACCUUUGCUUUGUUGCUCUAAUUGUUUAAACAAACAGAACAUAAUUAAUUAAAUUGACUCCAGCCUGUAUUAUCAUGUUUAUUUUCGACGCAUUGCCUCGCUUGUAAAAGCAAUUUUAUCGUUUAAAUUUACAGCAACAGUUCUAUUUGAAGGCUCUGAAUAUUUAUUAAGCACACUUAAAGUGAAUUGUUCAAAAAUAAGUUUCAGAAUAAUUGCCUAAUAGUGUUGUUAAGUGUUAAAAACAGUUAAUAAUGGACGAAGAUUACAGCGACGAUAACGAGAAUAAAGUUAUUUACAAAAGCUUUUCUUUUUAUGGCAGUGCAGGACCGACAAGGGAUAGACAAAAAUUUGGUGAGACUGCACCGUCAUCACCUGCGAAGGAAGGACAAGCUUUUACUUUUGAUAGGACACCUGACAAAUUGGGAUACCAGACGUCUCAGGACGAUGAGGAGCCUUAUUUUACAAAACCGGCAGAAGGAUAUAAUAGGCCCCGAGCUAAUACAGUUUCCGAAGGCACUACAAUUACGAGCAGUACAACUACUAAUUCAAAAACGCCAACAGUUUUUCGUUGGGAAGGUGGUGGAAAAGAUGUUUGCAUUUCAGGCACGUUUAGUAACUGGGAAAAAAUUCCAAUGGUAAAAAGUCAUGGAGACUUUGUUACCAUUGUUGAUUUGUCAGAAGGAGAACAUCAGUACAGAUAUUGCGUGGACGGUGAAUGGAAAAAUGAUCCUCAUAACAAAACUGUUGAUACAAAUGGUGAUAAGAAUAAUUCAAUCACUGUUAAGAAGUCAGAUUUUGAAGUAUUUCAAGCUUUAGCAAAAGAUCAGGAGAGCGCUAAAGAUGAUGCACAGAAGGAGUUUUCCCAAGAAAUUCCUGCAUAUAAACCAUGGGAGAAGAAUAGCGGACCACCUAUCUUGCCACCUCAUUUACUUCAAGUCAUUUUAAAUAAGGAUACUCCACUUUCAUGCGAACCUACCCUUCUACCUGAACCAAAUCACGUGAUGUUGAAUCAUUUGUAUGCUCUUUCAAUCAAGGAUGGUGUUAUGGUGCUCAGCGCUACACAUAGGUAUCGCAAGAAGUAUGUCACCACACUUUUGUAUAAACCUAUUUAAAUUAUUUCUACUCUCUGUAGUAAGAUGAAUCUUUGGUUUGUUUUUGUAUUAUUUUCUCUAAUAGGAUGUAUUAAAUGUUAAUAAAAUAUCAAAUUUGUAUUAUAAAAAAUGAAAUAAUGUUCUGGUACCAUAUAGUGAUGAAAAAUUGUUGACAAUAUUAUUUAAUAUAAAAAAUGUAUUCAUUAUUAAUACUGGUGCCCAUAUCUUCUUAAUCUUAAAUUCAUAUGAAGAUAAAAUAGAAUUUAAAACUGUGUAUUAUAGAAUAGAUAAAGGUUUUAAUUUAUUUUAAUAUUAUAUGAGCUGUGUCAUUUAAUUGUAAAUAACAUGAAAUAUAUUUUUAACUGUU